AUGAGUUCAAAGCCUGUCGGGGAGACGAGAAAGCGCCGCCGGCCGGCUCACCUCCCGGGUCAACGUGCGCCAAUUGCUUGCAUUCCUUGUAGGCAACGCAAAAUCCGAUGUACUAGUGGCUGGCCCUCCUGUAGGGGCUGCCUGAAGCGGUCAAUUGAGUGCCGGUAUGCCGGGCUACCUCAAGAUUCAUCAACCACAGGACCAGCCCUAAGAUCACCAACCUCAACAUGUCCACCCAAUCAGGAGUCUGGGAUUUUGUCACAAAUAUCCAGCGCAGAACUACAGCAAGCAGCGGACUUCUUUCGGGACAACUUCGGCUCGACCCUGCUCUUUUUCUUCGAUCCACUCACUUUUGCAACGACUUUUAGCACGGGAGAACUAUCUCAGAGCUUGACCCUUGCCGUACUUGCUCUGGUUGCUCGAGUAAGCUCUUGGAGCUCUGUGGCAGAUUCUUGGAAAUACUACAACUCUGCUCGAGAGCUGCUCCAGAAUUUGAGUGAUGAUGUCUCAUUACAGAGAAUCCAGACAUACCUUGUUCUUUGUGUCUAUGAGGUAGGCUGUGGCCUCGAGUCUAGAGCUUGGAUUCAUCUUGGGAAUGCGAUACGUAUGGCUCAGAUUCUUCGGCUACCAGUUAUGGAUAAGCCCCCAAGUCCAUUUGACUGGGGUAAGCCAGAGCAGACCGGUGACGAGGAUCUGCUGGCCCGAGAGCUCAAGCGUCGCACAUUCUGGAGUUGCUUCUUUCUCGACAGACUUCUGUCUAAUGGCCGAGAUCGACCAAAUGGAAUCCAAGAGCAAGAUAUCUGUUGUGAUCUUCCGGUCUCUGAGGAGGAUCUCGUCUUUCGAAGGAUCGGCCAGUCGCUUUCGUUGAACGACCCAGACCUGUGGCAAAAGGGAAAGCACAAUCUCUAUGUGUUGCUAAUCCGCAUCCUCAUAAUAUUUGGAGAUAUCACAGCCUGGCAUGGAAGAGGCGGUCGGCAUGCGGAUAAGCGAGAGCCGUGGAAAUCGGGAAUGCCCUUUACAGUUCUCGAUGAGAAAUUGGCCGAGUGGGAGAGGCAAAUCCCUACUCACCUUCGAUAUUCUCUUGGUGCAUUCACAGCCGUUUCUAUGGUCAGUAUCAGCCAAUCGAAGCUCUGGGGACUGUCGUAUCUGUUCUUCUUCCUGGCAAAAGCCAGUCUUCACCGAGAAUACUAUCCAUUUGUUCCUCAAAAGGGUUACAACCCCUGUGAAGGCCAAUUUGACCCAUCAUCGACACCAGAUGACUGGCGAAGCCCUCCGCCAGGCUGGCGAAAAGAGUCCAUCCGACAACUAUUGAAGAGCUCGUAUUCAAUUACUGAAUUAUAUGGUUGGAUGAUGACGAAGCUUUCUCCGUUUCCUGGCGUCUACCCAUUCAUGGGUUUAUGUUUAAUGACGUCCACAGUUGUGAAUUUGUUCUACCUGUCCCUUGAUGAGACUGGCUUUGACAAAGUUGGUUUUCAUCAAAGAAUUGAAUCAAGCCUGGAAGAGGGGAUCAAAGCAAUGGAGAAUUUGAGACAGUUUUGGGAUCUCCCAACAUAUUGGAUCAAUCGGCUUUCUUUAUAUCGCGCGCUGCUCGAGAAGUCAAAAACAGUCGAUCAGCCAAUAUCAAAGGAGGGUUCCCGGAGACUGACCGAUGGGAUCAUGAACUAUCUUCGUGAAACUCGUCACUCGAUGGAGAAUCAACAUGGCCGCUUACUACACGUUGAAUCAUCCGAACCAACUGAAAACUGUGCUCAGCCGAGCUCUGCCGAUCUGAACGCUGUAGUAUCUACUUCCACGGGUCAUUAUAAUACACCCAGUGAAGAAAGUCCUCAAGAUCACGAUGUAGCGGGCCUAUUAAAUUCUCCGAUUGUGGAUGGUAACCAAGCUUUUCUGUUCAAUCCAUUCGUUCCGUUGUUAGACGAUCUUUUGGAAGACCAAAUUACUUCGUUGGCAAAUUGGGAGUAUUUUCAAUUUUCGUGGCAGUGA